CUGACAGCAGAUUGUGUCGAUGUUAGAGACGACGCAGAGGCUUGUGACUCGUCUUUGGUUUUCCUGUUUGGAUUCUCUCUCCUGGCUGAGUGACAUUUAGAUUAUGAAGGAACAAGUCUGUCAUAAUCUCUAACCUAGAAGCUUAUCAGUGCCAUUUGCAAAGCUUUAGCUGUUGUUUUUUUGUCUUUGUCUGUGUCGUCUGCGCUGGUCUUUCCUCAGGGCUGUUAUUGUGGCCCGACACGCGAUCAGCGAUGAAUAAUUAACCCUGAGAUCAGCUCGAGUGAAAGUUUAUUCAGAUCUUUCUCUGAUCUCUCUCUCUCUCUCUCUCUAAGCGUCUCGGUUUGAUUGUGACGUAACUGGAGGAGAAGUCACCGAGCACAGCGUCUGUUCUCUGGGAUCUCCUUACAACAGGAAACAGAGGAACACUUUCAUAGCUAUGAAAGACCAAUCUAUUUUUGCUCUUCUCAAAAGAUUUUGAAGUCGAUGUGGAUUGUUUUCAUCUUUAACUGCUGUUUGGAAUAUAUGGUCUCCGUGUAGCGGUGUGUCAUGGCCAGCAGUGUUGCUAAAGCAGGUCCUGCUAAUGGCCUCCCAAUGAAGGCGCAGCUGCAGAUCAUGGUGAUCUCGGCCAAACUCAAGGACAACAAGAAGAACUGGUUCGGCCCGAGUCCGUACGUGGAGGUGUGUGUGGACGGCCAGACCAAAAAGACGGAGAGAUGCAACAACACACACUCGCCCAAAUGGAAACAGUCGUUCACUGUGAUCGUGACUCCGUUCAGCAAGCUGAUCUUCCGUGUUUGGAGUUACCAGACGCUGAAGUCGGACGUUCUGCUGGGUUUGGCCACCCUCGACAUCAGCGAGACGCUCAAAUCAAAUGACAUGAAGAUCUGUGAGGUGGUGAAGACCCUGCAGCUGUGCGCAGACAGAGAUCAGGCUGAGACCAUCGGAGAUCUCUCUGUGUGUUUGGACGGUCUGCAGGUCGAUCCUGAAAUGUUCCAGUCAGCCGAGGCCCUCAACCAGAAUACUUUAAACGGGGCAUCUGAGCUUGAUGACGACUCCAGCAGAAGAAGCAGAGAUCCGUCUCCAUCGGUCACAGACGGUCAGGAGCAGCCGUCGGCUCCUAAUGGACGUGUGAACGGCAUGGACUCUCCUUCAGCAUCAUCCAGAGGGUCACGACCCCAGAGACCCCCGCGACCCUCGCGACCUCCGCCGCCGACCCCACGCAGACCCACGUCCUCCCCAGCUUCCUCCACCGGCUCGUUUCCUGAUGGCAGCGAUUCGUCCCGUUCAGACACUCCGGUUCGGAAUCCCACCAGAGGCGGAGCUCCAGACUAUAGCCCCGCCCCCACCGUGGAGCAGCCUGGCAGGACGUCCCUCAGCAUAGUCCCCGCCCCCAGCAGGAUUCCCAGCAUGGUCAACCCCUGUCCGCUGCCGCAAGGUUGGGAGCAGCGGGUCGAUCAGAACGGCCGUGUGUAUUAUGUUGACCAUGUGGAAAAGAUAACCGCGUGGGAGAGACCAGAGCCUCUGCCGACGGGCUGGGAGCGGCGUGUGGACCCGAUGGGUCGGGUGUAUUUUGUGGACCACAUAAGCAGAACCACCACGUGGCAGCGCCCCACGAUGGAGACGGUGCGAAACUACGAGCAAUGGCAGCACCAGCGCAGUCAGCUGCAGGGAGCCAUGCAGCAGUUCAACCAAAGAUUCAUCAUCGGGGAUCAGAUUUCAGCCGCCCAGAAUAAGGAGUUUGACCCGCUGGGACCUCUGCCACACGGAUGGGAGAAGAGAACGGACUCUAAUGGCAGAGUUUACUUCGUUCAUCACACGACCAGAACGACGCAGUGGGAGGAUCCGCGCACACAAGGUUUGCUGAAUGAGAAACCCCUCCCCGAAGGAUGGGAGAUGAGGUUUACGGUCGAUGGCACCCCUUACUUCGUAGAUCACACCCGGAGAACCACCACUUACAUCGACCCCCGGACUGGGAAAUCCUCUCUUGAGAACGGCCCUCAGAUCACAUACGUACGAGACUUCAAAGCCAAAGUGCAAUACUUCAGAUUCUGGUGUCAGCAAUUAGCAGUGCCACAGCACAUAAAGAUCACCGUCAGCCGCAAAACGCUGUUUGAAGACUCGUUCCAGCAGAUCAUGAGCUUCAACGCUCAGGAUCUCCGGCGCAGGCUGUGGAUCAUCUUCCCCGGGGAGGAGGGGCUUGACUAUGGAGGCGUGGCCAGGGAGUGGUUCUUCCUGUUGUCUCACGAGGUGUUGAACCCCAUGUACUGUCUGUUUGAAUACGCUGGCAAAGACAACUACUGCCUCCAGAUAAACCCCGCCUCCUACAUCAACCCCGACCACCUCAAAUACUUCCGCUUCAUUGGACGCUUCAUCGCCAUGGCCUUGUUUCAUGGGAAGUUCAUUGAUACGGGCUUCUCGCUGCCGUUCUACAAGCGCAUCCUGAACAAGCCCUUGGCUCUGAAAGACCUGGAGUCCAUCGACCCAGAGUUUUACAACUCGCUCAUCUGGAUCAAGGAUAAUAACAUCGAGGAGUGCGGGCUGGAGAUGUUCUUCUCGGUGGAUAAGGAGAUCCUGGGUGAGGUGUCGACUCACGAGCUGAAGCCGGACGGAGGGAACAUCCAGGUCACAGAGGAGAACAAAGAGGAGUACAUCAGGCUGGUGGCCGAGUGGCGUCUGUCUCGUGGUGUCGAGGAACAGACUCAAGCUUUCUUCGAAGGAUUUAAUGAGGUUCUUCCACAGCAGUACCUGCAGUAUUUCGAUGCCAAAGAGCUGGAGGUGAUGCUGUGUGGAAUGCAAGAAAUAGAUCUGAACGACUGGCAGAGAAACACCAUUUACAGACAUUACACCUCCACCAGUAAACAGAUCCUGUGGUUCUGGCAGUUUAUUAAAGAGAUGGACAAUGAGAAGCGCAUGAGACUGCUGCAGUUCGUCAGUGGUACCUGUCGUCUGCCUGUAGGAGGCUUCGCAGACCUGAUGGGGAGUAACGGACCGCAGAAGUUCUGCAUCGAGAAGGUUGGGAAGGAGAACUGGCUUCCCCGCAGUCACACAUGUUUUAAUCGUCUUGAUCUGCCGCCGUACCGCAGUUACGAGCAGAUGAAGGAGAAGCUGAUGUUUGCUAUCGAGGAGACUGAGGGAUUCGGACAGGAGUGAGACGCUCUCUCUCUCUCUCUCUCUCACACACACACACACACACACACACACACACAGAAGACAUCCAGAUCUCAUGCACACUAGUUUUCCUGUGAGGACAGACCGAUGAUCUGACACACAGGUGAAUGACUGUCGAUUGGUGUUAAUGUCUGUGUCCCCGUGAGACGAGGAGGCUUUAUGCAAGCGUGUCAGAGACGAGACGCUGACGUUUCUACAUCUGAUUAAUCCAGCGAGAGCCGUUCUGAAUGACUCCAGAAGAUCGCAUUGAUUCACCAGAGCUCUGUGAAUGUGUUUUUAUGUCCACAAACCCUUCGACGGGUCUCCUUGUGCCUUUUUCCCCUCACUGUCAUCCAAACAAACUUAUUAAAGUUAUUAAAGUGUAGCACUCGACAGCAGCCUGAUCAAACUCUUCAUCCAAACUGUCAACAAAUGGCCAGCUUCAUCCCAAAAACAUUUAGAAAUUGUAUUUUAUUUUAUUUUUUUAAAUAAAAGGACACUUAAGGUAUUUUGCAUUGUGACUUGAAAACAUGUUCAUGAUAAUUAAACACAUUUUUACGAAUUCUCAUUAGUAUGAUGUGGAAAAACGUAUUUUCCACAUGUUUCCUGAACUGGAAAGUGAAAAAAAAACAGUGUACAUAUGUAAUAAUAAACAUUUAUACAUAUACAAAUGAUAUACUAAUUAUAAACAUUUUACCAAACUAAUACAUUUAAUAGUUAAAAAACAACAUUUUUCCACAUUAUGCUAAUAUAAGUAAAAAAAAAAGUAAAAUGUUCUGUUUAUAUAUAUAUAUAUAUAUAUAUAUAUAUAUAUAUAUAUAUAUAUAUAUAUAUAAAACAUGAAUUUUGAGGUGAAACAUGGCUUGGACAUUUCUAAAAUGAUGCAAAUGAGUCUAAAAUUUUGCGUGAUUUCAGGAUAUCCUUAUUCUUAAUCUCCUGUGUUUCAUAUUUCACGCUCUGGUUCACAUUAGUAAAUUAUUUCUCUGAAAUGAACUGAAACGGUGUGGUUUUCAGUCGCGGCGCUGGCCUUGAAUCCCUGAAGCGAUGAUGUUGGUUUAUUUGGGCCUGAGUUUGGGAGCGUGCAGUAUUGAUCACAGGUGCCGCUCUAGUUCUAUAGGGCGGCUGCUUUAAACACAGGUCUUCUGGAAGCUCUUGGGCGUUUCACAUCAUAGUUUAUUUCAUUUCUCAUGAAUUUAUUUGAAGUGAAUCUGGUCUAAACCACUGGAGGAGCCCAAAGCCCUGCUAUAAAGCGUACAGCUGUGAUUCAGCGCAUUGCAUUAUGGGUAAUAAUAUCAAGACUCAUGUGGACGACUGUUUUAGGGUGUCAGGGAGGAUCUUUUAGAUAAAAAAAAAAAAAAAGCAACAUCAAAUAUUUAUUUAAACAGCUGUUUUUAUCCAACUCCCCCAUUCUGAAUGAGAAUUUAACCAGUGAAAUCCUCAGGAUGAUGGUUUAAAUGUGAUAUGGCUCUCUCUCUCUCUCUUUUCUGACUAAUCCAUGUAAACCAAACCACUUUGACUCUGUAUAUGAACUGAAUCCUGUACAUGGUGUGAAUACCCUCCUCUGUCUUCAGAUUAUCAGAUGAUUUUAGUAUUAAAGUAGAAGCGGCUGCUUUCACGGUCGCUUCAGAGUUUAUUUACUAGCGUUGAUUUGUAUGUAUAGUCCAAUGUGAAAAGAUGUUCAGCAGUUGAAUAAAAAAAUGUCUAUGGGAAA